AUGGUAGAAGUUCUAGAAGAGAGGAGCAUCGCUGGAAAUAAACAGGUGAACUGCAGCACUCAGCAACAAGCAUGGUUCUCGGACAUACUAUCAUACAAGAUGCAUGGCGUACUGCUAGAUGACGCAGUAAAAGCCAAGAAGGUCAACAGAGAUGCCAACUGGUACGUAGUGAUGAAUGGAGAGCUAAACAAGAAAGGGUUCUCUAAGCCUCUCUUGAGAUGCAUUCCAGAGUUGGAGCAGGAAGGAAUCAUGGAGGAGGCACACUCAGGAAUUUGCGCAAAUCACAUUGGUGGAAAAGCUCUAGGAGUUGAAGUACUUCGAAGAGGAGUAUACUGGCCAACAUUGACAUAG